AUAAACUUCGUCAAUACUCGGACAGGUUGUAUACUCAUCAACUACACACGUGUACUCUAUAAACAUCAGAACAACAGGACACGAGUGUGGAGGGCCGAUCAGUUGGUGUUUGAAAUCCGAAGAAGAAGAAACUAUCAGACCUUAGCAGCAUUUGGUAUACGUGAAAGAUGAACUUCUCAGCAUUGAGCAAGAUGGAUUAUUCCGAGACCAGUUUUGAGUUCAGCCCCCUUGGUCUGUUGAAGUUUGAAGAUGAAGAGCCGAUGGACUUGGCUGACGUUAUGACACCCCCAGGCAAGGUCGUGCAUCCCCCUCCCGUACAGGAUGAGGACUCGGGACUCGGCAUGGAGUUUGACGCAUGCACUGACAGUGACAACAAGCCAGACACCCACGUGAUGCAGACUCCAAAGUUCAAGGACAUGUCGCAGUCGUACUGUCGCCGACGAACGCUGUUCCAGAAGUCCAAGUGUCUCAUUGACGACGGUUCCAUCUCCAAGCGACCGAGAUUAGAUGACUCUUGUAAACAGAACAAAUCCAGGAAACCACUGACGAAAUCCUUGUCGUUUGGGGCUGAACCUUUCACACGUUGUGAAGUCAUUACUGCUGUGGAGCGACUUGUGGAGGAGGAGGACCUGAUCGGUAACGGAACCCAAGCCUUCUGUCUACCCAUAAUCCCUGGCAAGCACUCUGACCUGAAGAGCAUCACAUCCGAAACGAUGUCUGAUGUUUUGGCGGGAAAGUUCGACGACUCCGUCAGCAGUUUCCGCGUGAUUGACUGCCGUUACCCCUAUGAGUAUGAAGGAGGACACAUUAAGAAUGCCGAGAACAGAUACACACGAGACCAAGUUACGGAGCUGCUGAAGGAUAGGGAGGUUGCCCGAGGUGACCGUCGGGAUAUUCUCAUCUUCCACUGCGAAUUUUCGUCCGAGAGAGGUCCAAAAAUGUGCCGAUUCCUCAGGAACAAAGACAGGGAAAUGAACACUGACAACUACCCACUCCUCAACUACCCGGAAGUGUACCUUCUGCAUGAUGGGUACAAGGCUUUCUACGAAACUAAGCAGGAAAUGUGCGAGCCCAUGGCCUACAAACCUAUGCUUGACAGAAACCACGCCGAUGACCUGCGUCACUUCCGGUCCAAGUCCAAGUCGUGGUGUGCAGGACAGAAGAAAAGGUCAAGCCGCCUCAUGUUUUAGAUCAAUGAAUAAACAAAAUACAGACAAUUUUGCAUGGACUUUUCGGACUGGAACUCCCGAGAAGAGCAUCCAUCCGAUGCUUACUGGAUUUUCAGUGAAUUUUCAAAAGAGAGGGAAUCGUUAAAACGGGUAGUGAAUUAUUAAAAACUGGACUAAAACUUUCUGAAAUGGAUCAUGAUAUUUUCCCCUGAACUAUUAUCAACAAUUCAUUUGAUUUGAAAAUGUUGAUGCUAUAAGUGCUAUCUAUGUGCGUGUGUCGUGUACAUAAUGUGUGACUAUUUAUUUUACUAUUUAUGAAAUUGUUAAAUAGCUGUAUAUGUGUGUGUAUGCGGCGUAGUUGUACCUAUGUAAAAGAUUAAUUGUAAAUAUUCAUUUUUUCCGGAGCAUAGCAAUCCAACCCGAACUCAAUUGACACGAAGAAAUACAGAUUAUUUUAUAUAUCAAAUUAUUAUAUUCUCCCACCAUUUCUAUAUAAAAUUACCAAAAUAUAUUCAAAUUUGUGUUUUAUUGUUUUUUUAUUUUAUUUUCAAAAUUUCCUUUGAACGAUUGAAAAGCCUGAAAUAAUUAAAGCAGUGACUGAAAAUUGUUAUUUCUGCCAGGAAAUUAUGGUUGUUUUCCAUUGUUUGGUACCGUGGAAUGAAAUGCAGUGUUGUCUUUAUAUAGCUUCAGUUUAAAUUGGAUAGUCUUUAAUUUCUCUACACCAUUCAUCUAUUCUCAUUCCUUCAAACACGUUAUCUCUUCUCUCCAUCAAAAGUGUACUGGAACUUGUAUACAGAAUCAAAUGUAAACUCGUGUACAAUGUAUAUAUAUAUAUAUAUGUACAUAUCUGUAUAUAGUUAAUAUAUAAAA